AUGGUGCACUUCUUUGGCGUGCAUGUUACCGACGCGAAAGCUGUGACCGUGACGGUACCCGACGGCUUUGUCUUGAACGUCGUGCAUGCCGCUCUCGCGAGUGGCGACAAUGCAGUGUUGUGUGUCGAAACGACGACUCUCGACGAAUCCCUGGUCAAAGUCGUUUUGGGCUCGCUCCGUGCUCAAACGUGCGAUCAGAUCAAAUUGGACUUGGUCCUUGGUGCCCGCAAAGCGAAGUUCUCCGUCAAGGGACAUAGUGCGGUCCAUUUGUCGGGGUAUUAUCAACCGGGCCCGCCUGAAGAAUCCAGCGACGACGACGACAUUUCGCGUCUGUCUGUCGACGAUUUGUCCGCGUUGAUCCAGCAAGCCGCCGCCCGGAUCUCCAAGCACAAUGCCGAUGAACUGGAAGGCAGCGAUGACGACGAGACUUCCCCUACUGUCGUCGCUCCCGUGAAGACGACAUCUGCUAUCGCUGUCUCCAAGAAGCGUCCUCGCCCCGACAGCGCAUCCACGUCGUCGUCGUCACAGUUGCCGCGCAUGGUCCUUAAGGCUGGUUUCGGCUCCCUCUUCGGAGCAAAAGGCGAUUGA